AUGUAUCCGCCUAGAAAACGCCAAAAAGUAUCAUCUGCAUGUCAGAGAUGCCGUCAGCGCAAGCUUGGUUGUGAUCAGCAACGCCCUUGCCAGCUAUGUGUACGAGCUGGUGCAGCGUGCAUAUCGCGUGGAGGUUCAAGUCCCGCAGGGGUGGUGGCGUCUGUGGAAGAACCCGGAGAUUCUCCCGGAAUGCGUGAAGGUGACAUCCACAAUGACCGUCUUGAGACCGUGAUCCUCCCAGAGUCGAACAUCGUGGAUUUGAGUUGUCAGAUUCUACGAGGCCAAGGAAAACGACGUGGCCUGUCUCAUGAUACUUCAGCUCUGCCAGGAGGAAAGAAUUCCGCCGUUUCUGUCGCCACACGCUCGAUUCCAUGGCGGGAUUUAGUAGGAAUUCCUUUACCACCGAAGACGAUUUUUCACGAGGAAAGCUUUCGACAACGCUACGAAAACUUGAUGGCCUCGGCUCUAAUUCCGGAAGGAGAAAACAGUAAUUUCUUGUGGCUUGUACGGUUGGUACUUGGCCUCGGCGCCUACUACGGGUCGCUGGACGCUCUGGAUGCCGAUGCAGGUAGUAUGAAACAGCUUUCGCAGGAUCUGCUGAUGCAAAUCGAACAAAAUAUCUUGGCCAUUAUUGAUUUGCCAAGUCUGGAGACAGUACAAAUAUGCGUAUUGUUGGGGAGCUUUCAUCUUUUCAAUGGCCGCCCCAAUGCCGGUCUAAUGACUCUGACGGGUGGACUCAAAACCGCGCAAGUCAUCGGGCUCCAUCGCGAGUUAAAAUGGCGGGGGCUUUCGGACGUUGCACGCGAGACUCGGCGGCGCUCAUGUGCCGUAGCUAAUUGGAGUGGUGACAGCAGAUACGCGGCUGUGGCCUUUGGACGACCAUGCACAGUGGAUGACUCCAACUGCGAGGUUGCGUCUAUUAGCGAUAUCAAAAUAUAUGGCCAUGAAGAAACCCGACAAGGGCCAUUGUUGGAAUACCAUCAGUGGAAGUUCAAACUUUACCGCAUCGUGGGUCCGCUCUUGAGCCGAAGACUCCAAGCUAGUCGACUGGAGAGUCUCACUGCUAUUCAUACUCAACUCUCCUCCUGGAAGAACGAGCUACCUGAUAAACUCCGGCUGGAAACAUACAAAGAUGACCCUAAGAGCGAAUCACGAAUACCUGAAAUGCAGGCAUUGGUUCUCCAAUUGACCUAUGAUAAUCUCCAAAUUAUUCUCCACCGCAACGCUGCAUUUGGUUGCAACGAACGCGGAUUCCAUUCAAACAGUGACGCGACCCCGCACAACUCCUCCCGAGAGCAACUGCUGGAGUCCGCAUUAAGAACCUCUAAACUGCAUCAGCAUGCUCAACUCCUACAAUCAUGCCGCAAGACACACGCUGUGAUGCACAUUGGGAUUUGCCUGUUUACAGCUGGUGUUGUCCUCUGUGCGAUUGCACUAGCACAGCCUCUGUCAAUAGCCAGCCAGAAAGCAAAAGAAGGCGUUAUGCGUAUCCUACGCUUGCAAGAAGACAGUGUAUCCUCCCAGCAUCUUCUUUCUAUCCAGAGUGUUCAGAUCUUGCGGGAUCUAGUGACUGUCGUUAUGCGCUCCGAAGAAAGGGUUAUAUUGGGCCACGGUUCGAGUUUUAUACCUGAGAGACCUGGUGGUGACCAUUCGACCUUACCAAUACCGCAAGCCGAUUCUAUAAUCAUGGAUCAGGCGUUACUUGAUGAUACAGGUGCAGCCCAGCCCUCUUCAAAUCCGGGUGCGCUCAAUCCUCUGCAACAAGUUUUCAGACAACAUCUAGACCAGUCUCUCUCUGUAGUUGAUCCCUCGGGCUUGAUCGGCCCCAGUGGUGCACAAGAUCCUGUGGAAACGCAACAAUCAAACCCAUCAGCAAUGUUCUCAUGGGAUGGGAAUGUAUCCGCGCUAGUUGAUGCUGGACUUGUGGAUGCAAGCCAGAUGUGGCUGUGGUCAGAUAAUCUGGAGUAUCAAUCGUUCUCAGAACUGGGCAACAUGUUCCCUUGA